AUGUCGCUGGCGAGGCGGACGCAACAGCCGCUCUUGGCGCUGCCGCCCAGAGCCGUUUUCUCUCGCGGUCUCGGUCCCGGCUUCGCUCCGCCUUUCCAGUCGAGGAGGCGAAGCUGCGCUCGCAGGGAUCCGUCCACCUCUUGGUUGUCUCCUUCCGUUGCUUUGCCUCCUCUCCGUAACUCUCUCCUGUCUGCCUCCGCGCACCAUGCGUCUCUGCCGACGUCGUUUCCCGCCUUCCACGACCCGCGCAAGGCUCACUUUUCAACUGUCCAGACACACGAGGAGACACACGAGACCUCGACGGCCCCCCGCAUUUUGUCUUCGUCGUCCUCAGAUAUCGUCGAAAACUUGGCAGCAGAAUGCUUUCUCGUCGAUGUCUUUGGGCGAGGCCAUGGCCUUCCAGCCUCGGCUGGGGAAGGCGCCGAACGGGCGAAGGCGGAGAACGCCGAGAGUGCAGCUAAACAGAGAACCGAACGGAGAGACUUGCGAGCGCCUCUUCUGUUCCUCUGGAGAAACGACAAAACCAUCGUUAUUGGCCGCCACCAAAAUGCGUGGAGCGAAUGUAACAUUCAAAAAAUGGACGAGAGUGGGGUCAAACUCGCCAGGCGCUACACAGGAGGCGGCGCUGUCUACCAGGAUCUUGGAAACACGUGCUUCACGUUCUUGGACCCUGUCGCGACGCACAACAAGGAAAGGAACAACAAAAUCAUUCUUCGCGCACUGGAGAAGGCCUUUGGAAUCAAAUGCAGUGCCAGCGGCAGAAACGAUCUCGUUGCCUCAGACGGCCGGAAGUUUUCAGGCGCGGCGUAUUCGAAACUUCCCCACGGAUGGCUUCACCACGGUACUGUGAUGCGCGAAGUGGACUGUGAGGCCUUGGGGCGGUAUCUGACGCCGAGCAAGGAGAAACUGGCAAGCAAAAGCAUCAAGAGCGUUACGUCUCGCGUGGUCAAUUUGAAGACUCUGCAUGCAGGGAUUACACACGACAACCUGUGCGAUGCCAUCACUGACUCUUUUCUGGAGGAGUACGGAUCGUCAGCCGACCGCAAUGUCGUGCGAGGAAUGGACUCCGUCGAGAAUCUCCAGCUUGAAGGCACCGAGUACCGCAUGCGCGAACACCCUGUCUUCCAAAACCACUUUAGGACGCUCUCCAACUGGGAGUGGCGGUAUGGGCACAGCCCCGCCUUUGAGCGCUCGCUCUCGCAUCGCUUUCCAUGGGGAUCUUUUGACGUCCACGUCAAUGUCGCCCAAGGCUACGUCACCGACGCGAAGAUCUACUCGGAUUGUCUCUUCCCUGACCUCGUCGACGCCUUCACUGAGGCGGUUCGUGGAUGCCGCUUCACUGAAUUGGAAUUAAGGCGCGCGAUUCUCGAUAUCACACUGGAGAAGACCUCGCCAGAGCUCGACUGUUUCCUGCGCGACUUCGCCGACUGGCUGUCGACGGCCAGUCAGGAAUGA